AAUUGCGGAAGUAACGCUCUCGAAACUAAAACACGAGCAGGUUCAGUUUUUGUUUACAUGUGACAUGGUGAGUGUUCAGCUCAGGUUCAACACUUCAAACAUUACAUGACACUUUCCGCAGAGAUACUAUUCACUCGGAUACUGUUAGAUAGCGUUAAUAUGAUACUCAAACGAACAUUUCAACCGGUAAACUGUACGUUGCUAGGCAUUUUCUGAGCUAACGUUUCUUAGCACACCCUGCUCUCUCCCUCGCCGAUAACUUUCGGUUUCCUCGUAAACUUGUCGUGUAGCCCUUUUAUUAUGAAUGAUAAUUUGAAGGAUUUUAUAAAGUUAACGAUCAAAUGUAUGAGCUGUAAGGUGGAAAUAUAGUUUGUUUUGUUUUUACCAGGAAAUCAGUGGAGUUAAUGCUGGUGAUCAGUGAAGAACAUCGGCAUGUAUCCCCGCAGAGAUGCACCGAGGGGGCGGUCAGCCAACAACACCGCCAUGUACCCUCCACCACCCCCUGUGGUUGUCCAUUACAACCACCAAAGCCCAACCGGUGUUGAUAGGUGAGCCUAAAAUUUAAGGAAAUGAGCUGCAUUGGUGUGAGACAUGGAUUCCAUAGUCACUUACCUGUUAUUCCACACACUGAGCUCUAAUACACGCACGUCUUCUUGUAGCUUCCGUGUUCCUGGACAAGAGAGGUUACCGGCAUAUGAAUGGAAGCCUCCACCACCCCACACUCCGGCCCAUCAUCCUCAGACACCAACAAUGACCAACAGGCGCAAGUUUGUAAUUUUGAUAUUUACUCAUGACUGGUGAUCUUUGUGCUGAUCAAGUGAUUGUUUACCUGUAUUUGCUCACCAUUGUGCUUUAUGUAACACACAAAAGUAGCUAAGUCUCUGUUAGUGAUGGGCACAGCAGUUCUUUUACAUGUACUGAAUCACUAGAAUCAUUUCACUAGAAAGAUUCGUUCAAAAGAUUCGUUCACCAAAUCACCGAAUCUUUUCUCCUUGGUGGGAGGAGCCUGUGACUCUGACUUCCUGAACUGAUACACAGCUGAAUGGUUCAGGAUUCAGUUCAGAUCAUAGCUUUGGGACUAGGAGAUGAGAGUGUUUGGCUGUGUUGCUUUGACAAACAGGUUUGUAAAAGUGAAACUGUUUAUAAGUCAUGAUGUACUGUCAAGUGUCAAGUCAAGUGUACUGUCCAAUGGUAUGCUUUUUAUCAGGUGUGUUCGGUAAAUUGAGCUCAGUGAGUGAUUCGUUCACUAAAUGUUUAGAAGAAUUCAAACUGAACAUGCACCGUUCCCUUGCAAACCGCUGCAAUGAUAGGAUGCUGUGGGUUUAAUGCACUGCUUGUUACAUACUGAGUCCUGUUGUAUGCAAGUUGUCGUGGUGGCAAUUUAGCAGUAAAAAAAAAGAAAGUUAGUUUUGUCUGACAAAAAUGAUUACAGAGAGUUUAGUUCAAUACCUGAUUCAGGCAUCAGUGCAUGCGGUCCUUCAUGUGCUGGCUGCUUGCCCGGCAAUGCUGCGUGCUAAAGCAGCUGCACUGCUCACAGCUCAACUGAAGUGAGAAACGAACGAAUCACUUGAUGAAGUGAUUUGGUUCAGUAUGUUUAUUUAAAUGAUUAGGUUAUUUUGAACGAAUCAUUCGCAAACAACAUAACACUAGUCUCUGUUUAUCAUCUGUGCUACAGUAGUGCACUGUGACCUACUGUGAAAGCCUUCAAAUCCUUGACAGUAACUCAGUGUCCUGAGAUCAGACAGGUUAAAUAAAAUCUCUGUGUCAGUAGGGACUUUCUUUGGGUUCUUUAUUUGUUGAUCAAAAUAGAGUCUAACCUGAAAGUUCAAGUUUAUCUACCAUAUGCCCUAUAAAAUGUUUUCCUCUUAUUUUGAUUCUCCCAGGAGACAGAAUGAUGAAUACAGAUCCCCAGUGGGGAAGCGCCAACGCAUUGACCCCCCUCCCCACCCAUCAAUAGGCUCCCCUUUAAAUCAAGCACAUCUCCCUCCUCAUCCCACCCAAACGUUGGCUGGAUCAUCAAGAUAUGAUUUUGACUGGUCCCAACAGAGCCCAAGUUCGCAUCUUGGCACACAUCCCAAUCCUCACCUUCAGGUGCCUGUUAUCCAGGAAAGCUCCAUUAGCCUGCAGGAUUAUGCUCAUGACAAGGUACUACAUCCUGAGGGAACUUUAUUCUCUUGCUUUCAUUCAUUUUUUUUUCUGAGUGUGUGCGCAUGAGGGUAUCUGUGGUUUAGUCAAGUGCUUGUGUCUGUAUCCUCAGUUAAGCGGUCAGAUGGUGGAGUUGUUCGAGGCGUGCCAACAGCAAUACUCAGAUUUGGUCCGAAAAGAGGGGAUUCGAACACAGCUGCAGAAAGACAUACAGCAUGUUUACGCAGGUGUGCAUAAAAUACACAGUGAUGCACGAAUUUCUGUCAAGAUCCUUAUUUACUAAGUGACUUCAUCACAGUGGCACGACUUUACUUGACCGGAUCCUCUAUGAAUGGACUGGGCUGUCGGAGCAGCGAUGCUGAUCUGUGUCUUGUCAUCAAGGGAAGCGUGAGUAUGUCAGACGCUGUGCUGCGACUGCCGUCAGAAGUGUUUGAUCAAGAUUCAAUCAGAGAUCUCUCUCCUUUCUAAUCACCUGCAUGUUUCUCUUUUUCCAGAAAAGACCAGAUCCUAUCCAUGUACUCUCUGUCCUCCAAAAGUUGUUCAGAUCACUGCGUGAGUAAUGAAAUGGUCAUGAUUUCAGUAAUUACAUUACUGUUUAUUUGUUGGAAAAUAAUGAGAUCAGUAGUAACACAUUGAAAUGGGAAUUUUCUUUUAGUCUACAUGCACCUUAAAGAGUCCACUAGGUGGAGCUAUCACCCAGAGAAAAGGGGUUUCAGCUUCACAGGAAAGGAAACUGAAAGUAUCACAAAUCUCAUGAUUUUUGUUCUCGUCCUUAUAUAGCAUAUGUAGAGAAGACUCAGCUGAUCAGAGCCAAAGUGCCAAUCCUCAGGUUCAGAGAGAAAGGCAGGUAUGAACAAAAACAACAGCUGAAGCCAUUUUUUAAAAUAAAACGGUGAGAAGUCUGAAAGACUCGUUGAUGUACAUUCUUUUGUCUCUUCAGUGAUCUGGAAUUUGAUCUGAAUAUCAACAACACUGUGGGCAUCAGGAACACUUUUCUUUUGAGAAGUUAUGCCUAUGGUGAGUGACGUAGUCAGUAAUACUUUGAUUUUUAAUCCUCGUAACUGUCAAAUAUCUUAAAUACUGUGUUUGAUACCUGAGAGGAAGAUGUCCACGUUUCUUGUUUUGACUUGCUGUGUACUGUGUGGUAUUUCUCAGCUGAUCUCAGGAUAAGACCCAUGAUCCUUGUCAUUAAGAAGUGGGCACGGCACCAUCAAAUCAACGAUGCCAGCAAAGGAACGUUGAGCAGUUACACACUGGUGCUGAUGGUGCUGAACUACCUUCAGAGUCAGUGAAAUCACACAAGAUCUUUUUAAAUCCUUUUUAAUCUCUUUUCUUCUUUGGUCUCAAUAUCUCGUCCCCCAUGUGUGUUUAUUUCCUUCCAGCCCUGAAGGAUCCGGUCCUUCCAUCUCUGCAGAGGGACUAUCCAGUAAGUAUUUCCAUUGUUGUGCAAUACAUGAGUGAUUCCAGUCAUACUUGUGUUUCACCCUCGCACUCAGGUUCAUUAUGAGACAUGCUGCUGAAAAUUCAAGUCAGUACAAUUCACAUGAAAAUGAUUAGAAAUACAAACUGUCACCUAUCCUCUUUUUUUUGUAAAAGACAUUCCUGUAUUAAUCUACUCACCAUUAAUAAAUGUUCUGUUUUUGUCUUGUGUUCUAACUCCCAGGACUGUUUUCAUCCCUCCAUGGAGAUUGACAUGGUCCCAGAAGGACCCAAACAAAUCCCCCCGUAUGUCUCAAGAAACUGGUCUUCUCUGGGAGAGCUGCUCACUGGCUUUCUCAAAUACUAUGCCACAGGCUUCAGGUAUCACUCCAGGAUAUCACAUUAUUUUGUCGAGUGUUUCAGAUGUUUUUCCCUUCAUAUUUCCUUUCUACCAGUCCCUGUCUCCUACUCCUCUCGAGUCCCCCAGCUCCUUUCUCUCCCCUCCUUCCUCCAUCCUGCAUCCUCUUCUCUGGUUUCAUGUUUCUGGGUAAAGGGCAGGAGCAGGUGGGACCUUUGGCCUUACACAGCAAUAACAUGACACACUAUGAUCACCGUGUUUGCAGCAUGUGUGUCACCUUGGCAUGCUAAAAUCCACAAGGUUGAACUAAAUUCCAAGCAAACUCACGAUUUGUGCACUAGACCUGCAAAUUGAGUGUUUUGCAUGAACUCUGCCUUUAAUUAUUUCAUUAGGUUUGAUUUCUUUUUGGAAAGAAGAGAUGUGGAAGAGGGAAAGAUGAACACAAUGUGUACUAGUAACCAAUGUUUAGUCCAACUCAUGCUAAAAUGCUGCUUUAUUGCUCUUGUUAAGACCACAUGAUCUUUUGAUGUAACAAAUUUCAAGCGUCCAGUAUUGGAGAUUUGACGGACAGAUGAUAGUGCUACUAUGCUGGCACAGACGUCUUAAAAGUGUCUCUGCUGUCCUCUAAGAUUGAGUUGGGAAAACAAUUUGUUUCCUUCUGCAUUAUCACUUCAAUCUCAGACCAAAAAUAAAAACAUCUUUGUGUUUACUUUGCAAUAAUUAUUUAACAUUCUUGUGUCCUGCAACAUUCAGUCGCUUUCAUCUUGACAUCUAAACAAACUGACUUUUCUGAAAGUCCUCCUCUUUGUUGGCUGUUAGGUGUGCUUUAGUAUAAUUAAGCACUGGUGGUGCUUGCUCUUUUGUACAGUCUAAAAGUACAUGCUAACUUCUUGCACUUUCUUUUCUUUGUCCCGUAGUUGGGACAAGCAGGUGAUCUCAGUUCGAGAAGCCAGGACUUUGCCGAAGAACAAUUCCCACGAGUGGAGAAACAAAUACAUUUGUGUGGAAGGUGAAUAUUCUCAUACUUCAUGUACCUGCCACCAGCCCUUGUCAGUGACUGGAGCAUCAAUGUGAGUAGUAUUCCCAGUGAUGCUACAUAGUCAGCAGAACCGUUGUUCUCUUAUGUUUCAGAGCCAUUUGAAAGAAAUAAUGUUGCCCGGGCAGUCCAUGAGAGCAUCAAGUUUGAAGCCAUUAAAGCUCAGUUUGCUGAGGUAUGAACAUUGUUUUUUAUAACUAAACGGCUGUGGACCAGUCAUGAGUUAUUCACAGUCCUCUGCUUCUCAUCUUUCUCUGUCUGAACAGUCAUGGCGGAUACUACAGUACAGAAAGGACCUGAACUCGAUCCUCCCAGUCAGAGCCAUCAUUAAUAAAGAGUCAUCCAGGAGAUAAGGGCCUACACUUAUUUGACGAACUGAUUCAUCUUCUACCUCAGAGAGACCUUUGGGAUGUGCUGGGAGGGAAGCCCCGCUGCCUCUGACCUUAACCCUCUUUCUGUCUCAAUAUCAUCCAUAAUCUGUAAAUCAGGUUGAGGUCACCUGCAUUCACUUUCAUAUCACUUUCAUAUCAUUUGCGGACGAAUACAGACAAAUACUGCGUUUUUAUCAAAAGUAAUAACGGUUUGGCAGUGAUGCUAGAGGUGAGCAUUGCUGUCAAUGACCUGUAAUCAAACAAACGCCUAUUUUAAUGCCCAGGUAUAGAAAGACAAAAUGAUAGCUGUGUCCCUUUCAUCGCUGAGAUAAGCCGUAUCAGAAGCAACAGCAUUUGGGUUCAUCUUUUUUCAUUGCAUCUCAGUUUAAUCCUCAUAACUGGAGCUUAACUAUACAGAGCCAGUUUUUUUUGAAGACGCUGACAAGUUUGUUUGCCAAAUAAAAUGUUGAGUUUGUCUCUGGCCUGUCUCAGCCAACAUGCAAAAAUAAACUAUAUUUUCUUAUUUACUCAGUCAACAUUGUAAGUCUAGAAAUCAUAAACACUAUUUCCACACUCGUCUUUGUAUCAUUCAGUGUGUAUGUUUCUAAAAUCCUCUAAAAACUGCCUUCAUUAGUAAGUGAUUCUAGGGUCAUCACUUGGGCUGGACCAGAUGUUUCUACUUAUUUAUCUGUCACCUGUGUCUGCUGCAUUCAUUCCCUUUGCUGUCUUUACUGUUUCAUUUAAGUCCAGCCUUGUCUGAUUUUGGUUAAACGCUCUUGUGUUCAUACAUUUUUGGUUCAUCUGUUACGUGUUUGGAGAAAUCACACCUAAGUAUAACUGUUCUUUUUCCUUAAAGUUUGAUAUUUUUUCUGUGGUCUUUUGUACAUUUUGUACAUUAACUAACUUGUUUAUUUAAGAAAAUUAAACCUCUGAAGAUGUAUAAUUGAUUUGAAUUUAUACUUUGGAGCUUGCACAGAAUUCUUGGCUUUGCAAAUACAGUAGAAGUGCCAAAAUCAUCAGAUUGUCUCCUGGAUUCUUCAUCUUUACAGGUUUUUAAAGGUAUUCUAUCAAUAAUAAAAAGGAAUUAAACUCUGUUUUCAAAUAUGUGGUGUAAA